CCAUCUCUUUUUGCGUCUUCAAGCAUCUUAUACAUGUUUAUAGCUCAUUAUGUCGGACAGAAUAUAAUCGACUACAAUAAUCACGUAUUUGUUACUGCGUACAACGUUCAGUGGUAUAAAACCCCAUUACAUAUACAAAGAAUGAUACUAUUUCUACUGCAAAGAAGAACCAAGAAAUUUUCAUUAAAUCUCGGUGGGAUAUUUGAUGCAUCCAUAGAGGGUUUUGCCACGCUAAUAAAGGCCUCUGUAUCUUAUUUUACAGUCAUGCAUUCUACACAAUGA